AUGUCGAACAACUUGAUCGCUGUUGUCCCCGUCCUCGACGGCUCGAACUGGCCUACCUGGUCCGAGCAAAUGAUGGCGUACCUCAUGUCCCAAGGCCUCUGGGGGAAUGUUGAUGGCAGCAUCACGCAACCAGCUGUCGUCGUCUCCGGUACUACCAGGGACUCUACCGCUGCUGACGCCUGGAAGGAAAAAGACGUCAGGGCUAUGGGUACGAUCCGUCUUCGCUGCUCUCCCGCCCUGCGGGGGGCCUUAUCGACGAAGAUUCCGGCUGAUCAGCACCCUGCUCCAGCCUUCGCGAAGAUAUCCAAACAUUUCGACACUUUGGAAGCGGCCAAGGUCAAGAUUCCCGCGCUUAUUGAAGGUCUAAUCUGCCUUUAUGCACUCCCCAGCCGCUAUGAGAACAUUGCGCAGAUGCUGGUCCAAGCUACCUCUGCUGACAACAUGGGCAUAGGUGCGGUACGGGAAGCAGUUACCACUGCUUGGGACCAG